CGCCCAGGGUCCCGAGCGGUUCCCACGCAGGACCGCAAACGAUGACAACAGGCAAUCGUCACCCGAGAUCGAAUAAAAAAGAGGCAGUUCUCCUCGCACCGCUGGCCCGCGCAGCCUGCCUCCGGGCCUCCUGCAGCCUCCAGUGGCCACGGGCACGGGCGGCGGAGUCCCCCGCCCCCCACCCCGCGCGCAAGUGCGAGGCCGCCCGCAGCACGGCGCACGCUCCGCCGCGCUCGGCUUCCGCGCAAAACUUCGAGUCUGUCCACGUGAAGUUGUCGCUCCCCUUUCAGAGGGGGACAGAGCUUUGGGAAACGCUGGGGAGCGACGGCUGCGGUGGCUGGGCGCGCCUGGUCUCUUUCUUUUCUUCUACUUUUCCCCUCCUCGUCGUCAGUCCAGAGUUUUGGCUCCUCUCCUUCCCCCCUCCCCCUCAGAGCCGGCUGGUCCCCCGCCCCGUCUCUCCCCCACUUGUGUACGCUAUUUGUUGGAGGGGGGUGACCGAAGGGGAUGUCCUGUUUUCAGCAGAGGCACAGCGCGAAGGGGAAACUUCGACAUUGGAAAGAACGACAAUAAAUACCUAAAUACGGACCCACGGAUCCGCCGCUGGGACAGACACUUGAACUUCAGGAUCCCGAGGCGAUCAGGGCGGCAGGAGAUAGUCCAUUUUUAAUCGAAGGAGGCUGCUUCUACUUGGGGUGGCAGGAGACGUGAGAAAACCCCAUGGAAGACUCCCAGGACUUAAAUGAACAAUCAGUAAGUCUUAAUUCAAUCUCAAGUUUGCUGAAGAAAGUUGAGGUAAAGAAAACCUGCACAGAAUCAGAUGUUUCAGAACCUCAGAAUUCCAGGUCUAUGGAAAUGCAGGACCUAGCAAGUCCUCAUCCUCUUGUUGGAGGUGGUGAUGCCCCUGGUAGCUCCAAACUGGAGAAAGCGAAUCUCAGUAGCACAUCAGUCACCACAAAUGGGACAGGAGUGUCUCUCCUUGCAGUCAAAACAGAGCCUUUGAACAGCAGUGAAACCACAACCACGACUGGAGAUGGAGCGCUUGACACUUUUACUGGGUCAGUAAUAACAAGUAGUGGCUACAGUCCCAGAUCAGCACAUCAAUAUUCCCCACAGCUCUAUCCUUCCAAGCCCUAUCCACACAUUCUUUCUACACCAGCAGCUCAAACAAUGUCUGCCUAUGCAGGCCAGACUCAGUAUUCGGGAAUGCAGCAGCCAGCGGUCUACACAGCCUACUCACAGACAGGACAGCCCUACAGCCUGCCCACUUACGAUUUGGGUGUGAUGUUGCCAGGCAUCAAGACAGAGAGUGGACUUCCCCAAACUCAGUCUCCGUUACAGAGCGGGUGCCUCAGUUACAGCCCAGGGUUCUCCACCCCACAGCCAGGCCAGACUCCUUAUUCUUACCAGAUGCCAGGUUCUGGAUUUGCACCAUCAUCUACUAUUUAUGCAAAUAAUUCAGUUUCCAAUUCAACAAAUUUCAGCGGAUCACAACAGGAUUAUCCAUCCUACACAGCCUUUGGCCAAAACCAGUAUGCACAGUAUUACUCCGCAUCAACGUAUGGAGCAUAUAUGACAUCAAAUAACACAGCUGAUGGCACAUCGUCGUCAACCUCAACCUAUCAGUUGCAGGAAUCUCUCCCAGGACUGACUAGCCAACCAGGUACAGAUCUUCAUCCAGGAGAGUUUGAUACCGUGCAGAGCCCCUCCACACCCAUUAAAGAUCUUGAUGAGAGAACAUGUAGGAGUUCUGGGUCAAAGUCCCGAGGAAGAGGCCGGAAAAAUAACCCCUCCCCACCUCCCGACAGUGACUUGGAGCGUGUGUUUGUCUGGGACUUGGAUGAAACCAUCAUUGUUUUUCAUUCACUGCUCACAGGUUCUUAUGCCCAGAAGUACGGCAAGGAUCCUCCCAUGGCUGUAACCCUUGGACUCCGAAUGGAGGAAAUGAUUUUUAAUCUUGCUGAUACACAUUUAUUUUUUAAUGAUUUAGAGGAGUGUGAUCAAGUUCAUAUAGAUGAUGUCUCCUCUGAUGAUAAUGGGCAGGACCUAAGUACCUACAGUUUUGCAACUGAUGGCUUCCAUGCAGCUGCAAGUAGUGCAAACCUUUGUUUGCCAACAGGUGUAAGAGGAGGGGUUGACUGGAUGAGGAAGUUGGCUUUUCGUUACAGAAGAGUAAAAGAAUUAUACAACACCUACAAGAACAAUGUCGGAGGACUGCUUGGCCCUGCCAAGAGAGACGCGUGGCUGCAGCUGAGGGCCGAGAUUGAAGGUUUGACAGACUCCUGGCUAACAAAUGCACUUAAGUCUUUAUCAAUUAUUAGUACUAGGAGUAACUGCGUAAAUGUCUUGGUAACGACAACCCAACUGAUCCCAGCACUUGCGAAGGUUCUACUCUAUAGUUUAGGAGGUGCUUUCCCCAUUGAGAAUAUUUACAGUGCAACUAAAAUAGGCAAGGAAAGCUGUUUUGAGCGUAUAGUGUCCAGAUUUGGCACUAACAUAACUUAUGUUGUGAUUGGAGAUGGCCGAGAUGAGGAGCAUGCCGCUAACCAGCACAACAUGCCCUUUUGGAGGAUAUCAAGUCACUCAGACCUCUUGGCUCUACAUCAAGCACUGGAAUUAGAGUAUUUGUAACUGUGUUCUCUAGCUGGAGAUCCAUUUUUAUAUAUAUUUCAAGUACACUGAAUUGUAUGUGUGAUUCAAUGCCUCUGGCUUUACACAUAUAAAUUGUCUUAAAGGAUGAAAUCAUAUUUGGAAUGAAAAUUCCAGAAUGAAGAAUUCAGAUUGCUGAACGGGAUUAAACUUUAGUGCUACAGAAAGGAAGCUCUAUGGUCUUAUAUUUACAACAUGUUAAUGGUUUAACACAACAAAACAAAAAAUAUCUGUGGAGGUUGCUGGUACACCGAAUGAGUCCUAACUGGAAUUAACAGUUUUAGCAAAGAGCUCUUCCCCUGGCAAAGCACCGACACGUGCUCCGUCUGACAAGGUGGUGUUCAACAACAUUCCUCACAACUGGAGAUCUUCUCAGCCCUGAGGUUUGAAUCUGACUUUAGCCUACCUAACCCAGAAAAUCUGAAUUGGAAUGCACUCAGACUGUAUAAGGACAAUCCUAUCUAGACCUGUAAUUUGUGUAAAUUAUUGAUGAAGAUAAUUUACUGUGACUUUAUUAGCAGCUGACUUUGAAAGUGGAUGCAAUUUUUCUUUCAUUUGUUUGGGAGGGAAGCGGGAGGGGAAAUGGGAACCUAAUAUUGUCUCUUUUUUUAAGUUUGGCAAACAGAAUGUUCAUACUGAUGUGUUGUGCCUUAAAGAUAAGACAGCAUCUGUGUGUUACGAUGUAACUUUGGUUAAAAAAAUCUCUGUAGAUACUGACAAAACAAACCUUUGUGAUCAUUCUUAACAUGACCAAAUUUAAAAUUCAAGCUAUUAAAGCUUAAUACUGCAUCAGCAAGAAACUGAAUAUCUGUUGCAAUAAGAAAACAAUACUAAUAAAACAAAGCUUGUGUUUUAUUUGGGUUCUUAGUAAUUCCAGUAAUUGUAUGAGGCAACUAUUUGUGCAUCCAACCAUAAGCAGAAGGUUUAGGAAAGACUGUGGGACCUUUACUUAGGAAGUGAAGUGUACGUUGAAGUCCUGAGUACCCUUUCUACAGUUUUAUUGGGGAAAAUUAAGAGCCAUAUUCAUGAUGACUUGCACUGUUUUGAUUGUGACUUUUUUAUAAGUGUAAGUUGUGUAGAGGAAAAUAUUCUCGUAAAAAUUAUAAGCAAGUAUCACAUAAACUUUCUUAGAAUAUGCCACGAACAUGGCUUAAAAUUCACAUUGAGUAAACAAGGCUUGAAAUAAAGCUAAGUGUAUUUAUUCCCAAUGCCAUUGCAAAAAUGAAAUGUCACCAGUAGUGGGAGGUGGAUGCCCCAGAUGGUUUCUAAGGGAAAAAGUGAAUCAAUGAAAAUUUUACCUAGAAUAUCGUCAUAAAAUAAAUUAGCAAGUGAGCCGGAUCUUGGCAGCAUUACUAACAUUACAACAGUGAAAUAGUACCUGGUUCUCUGUCUUUACACAUCAAUCAAGUUUUUCUCCAUUACAGACCUACAUACCUUAGUUUCUGCCUGCACUGUUACUGCAAAAUGGACUGCAUUCAUUGCACAGAGAACCUGUCAUUGUUGUGUUUGCAUGUUUUGUGUUUUUGUUGUUGGUGCGUAGCCCAUGUUAGGAACACGGUACAGGUUCUCUUAUCAUUUUGUGUGACAUGAUUUCCCUUGUGGAAAUUUAAGACUUCAAGAUCUAGGUGUGUUUUCAUGACGUCGGCACCUGCAGUUCUGUGUUUAAGUGUCAUACUGUGGAACUGGGGUCAGCUACCAGGCAGCGCCCUAGCCAGACGCUGAUUGGGAUAGUUCACCGUCGGAGGCUCCAGUGGCUCCCAUAAGGUCAGUGCUCUGCACACUGAUCACAACAUUCACUGUGCAAAUGUGAUUUUCUUUUCCAGGCUAUGAACCUGUAUUUCUUUACUGAAUUCAAAGGCCAUGUUUAUGUUGGGCAGAAAGAAAUUAAGUUCCAAUUUUAUAUAAGCUUGUGAUUUCAUCACUCAGAACUUAUACUUACUCUUUAAAUUGUGUAGCUUUUGGCUACCUCUGCCCUAAGUACAGUUGCAGACAAAUUAAGGUUGGAAUGCUUUUAAUAAUGAUAAUAAUAAUAAUAAUAAUUAAUUCUUAAUUUUUGUUAGCCUAUAGCUUGAAAAUAACAGUUUAACAAAUUAAAGAGCUGCAUUGAUUAUCAAUAAUUAUAUUUUGUGCACUAAAACCGUAAAUAUUUAUUACUGUGAAUAAAACGAAAGUAUCUUAAUGGUAUAGCCAGUUUCUUUAAAUGACAGAAUGUUGGCAUUACAUCUAAAUUUUUAAUUCUUCCUCAUAUCAAACAAGCAAGGCUUCUUAUGCUGCUAAACCUGCAGGUGCAGAGAGGGCAAAGAGAGGGGUCGCUGCUUGCACCACCCAGUGCUAUUUCCCACACAAAUCUUCUCUGAUUAUGUGUUCAGAGAGGCUGCCAGCAUAAAACCUAAAUGCUGGGUUAAAGAGAAGAGCUUGUCUGGCACCAUGGAGCAGGCCAGUGAGCCGACGUCACAACUUGUCAUAGGACUUUGAGCAUGCUCAGAUUAGAACCCUUCCCUUCCCGCUUUAGUUACAGAAGAGCCUCAUCCUUUCUAAUCCGAAAAAAAUAAUAAUAAUAAUAAUCAACCAACAAAAAACCAGCCCCUUUGGCAAUAUCCACACUGUAUUUACCUAUAGAAUAUUGUGCCUUUUUGUAAGCCAGUUUGAAAAAUAUUCUGCCACACACAAAAAAAAAUUUGGGCUACUUUAUAUACAAAUGUGGCAUAUGACUAGGAAAGGUAACCAUCUUGUGUUACACCUGAAAUACCAAGAUAGAUGGCCUGGGUAUAAUAUUACAGCAUACAAGAUUAAGUCACUAUACCCCUCAAAGGUUUGUAAAUCAAAAUCAGAGGCAAAAAAAAAAAUAGAAUCAUGCAGUUUGUGCACAGUAGAUAAUAACUUUCUAAAUUUUUUUCUUCAUUUUUUGAUGAGCUAAGAUGCAAAAUAGUGUCAACAGCAUGCUCCAGUAUGAAUUAUUUUAAAGCUCAUUUGUUUUUGACAAGCCUGUAUUCUCAGUGAAUAUGGCAUUUAGUAUUUCUUUUAAAAACACACUUAAGCAUCAUGAGCCAAAGUUGCAUUUUGACUCCCUACUAUGGUAGCAUUAUGGAGAUCUCACAGUCAAAGGCAAGGGUUUCUGUUAUGUAUUAGUAAUGUAUUGAUUAUGGGGGCCUACAUAAUUUAAAGAAAUGUAAAUUAAUAUUGAAAGCUUGUAAAAAUAUGUACAUCUUUACUAUUUCUCAAUAAAUACCUUUGGAAAUGUUUUCAUUUUC